AUGCUGGUGGACGAGCGGCUCUGGGCGCUCUUCAAGCGUCACUGGCGGUAUACUCUGACAUACUGGAGCGUGUUCUUCAGUUUCGGUCUGUGUAUCGCCUUCCUCGGUCCGACUAUCCUGGACCUGAGGUGUCAGACCCAGUCCACAUUGCAGCAGAUCACAUGGGUCUUCUUCUCCCAGCAGUUCUUCCUUUUACUGGGCAGCACCUUAGGAGGACUCUUCAAGAGAACGCUCUCAAGCUCCCUCUCAGUCCUCUGUUGCUGCACCCUCAUCAUCUCUUUGGUGUUUGCCAUCAUACCACUAUGUCACCAUGUGGUACUGUUGUCUGUUGCCCUGGCGCUAACUGGCACAGCAAUGGGGUUGAUUGACACCAUUGCCAACCAACAGCUGGUGAAGCUGUACCAGAAGGACUCUGCUGUUUUCCUACAGGCGUUACAUUUCUUCAUAGGCCUUGGGGCACUAGUCAGUCCACUGGUAGCGGACCCUUUCCUGGCAGAGGAUAGCUGUGUUCUGAAUGGCAACUGGACCACCAAUUCCUCCUCUUCCUCCCCAGACUUACAGCACCUUCGCAAUACCAUGGCUGGAAAGGGAACGGUGCCUCACAACAUUUCCCACUACCCUCUCCACACAGAGGGUAUCAUCACCACUAAGGUCUCCUUCGCUUUCUGGAUUAUGGCUCUUAUUAACCUUCCUAUCCCGCUGGCAGUGUUUAUAUUGAUGUACCAUGAGAGACUGCUGCCCUGCUUCAGCCCGAGUCCUCCUCUGUUAUCCAGAGACUCUCUGUCCUCCACGACCACCACAGCAUCAGAGAAGAGCGAACAGGGUCAUGGGGUUACGUUUGCCUGCUUCAACCCUGAGAAACUGCGUGGUCGCCCUCCCUCUUUCUUCCUUCUCCAUUUUCUGGGCGGAGCCAUCCUCUUCAUUACAGAUGGCAUCAUUGGUUCCUACGCAGGCUUUGUCUACACCUAUGCUGUGAGCCCUCCCUUGUCUAUGGGUUAUAAGACGGCAGGCUGCCUGGACAGUGUGUUCUGGGCCUCCAUCACAGCAGGCAGGCUGGCUUUCAUCUACCUGUCCUACAGAUAUACAGCCACCAGGCUACUCGUCUUCAGUCUGGUUGGCGUGAUACUAGUGCAGUGCAUGAUACUGUUGCUUUACUAUAGUCAAGUAUUUAUCUUCAUCGGUACGUGUUUGUUGGGACUUUGCAUCAGCAGUGUGUUCCCCUGUCUGCUGGCCUAUACAGAGGACAUACUAAACUAUAAAGGUUGUGCAACUACUGUUCUGGUGACCAGUGCCGGCACAGGAGAAAUGGUAAUGCAGGUGGCUGUAGGAUCGGUGAUCCACAGUCAGGGCAGCUAUACCUUUCUGUUGAGUGGAGUGAUUGCAUCUUUCAUCGGCUUCUCCUUAUUUCUGUUCCUCCUCUAUGUCCAGCGCAUACACAGAAACUGCCAGCCAGAGUCUCCUAAGGACAUAGACAUGACGGAGAAGCCAAUGUCUGGAGACCAGUGAGGCAAAGACACCCAAGAUCUGGCCAGAAACAACAGUUUUUUUCUGAUGAUACAAAGGGAAUAUGAGAAGAAAAUCUGAUAAAGCUUGUCUCCCCACUGGGCAUUUAAAAUCUGCCAUAUUUGCCAAAGAAAUGAUGAAGGUACACUUGAGUGAUAAACCUUCAUCCUGGCCGCCAUCUCACAACAAAAAUGAACUGUAACCUAGAGUGCCUUCCUCUACAAGCCAUCCGAUCAAGUUAAAAUUCAAUGGAAACUCGACUUCAUUUACUGUGGAAUGGCAUCAAG